AUGGACGACUAUUUUGGUUUCUCAAGUCACCUGUCGUAUACUCGACUCGGGACCGUGCUGCCCCCACGUCUCUCGGGCUCUGUUCCCACCUCGCGCUCAACAGCUAUCCGACUCCAACAGAACAUUGGUGGGAGACCAACUACCUCAAAUCGGUGCUCAGGUUCAGAUAGCGAGAGAAGAACCUGUCCAGGUGAUUGCUUGAGCCAGGAGCCACCUAACGGUCAACCCUGGCUGAGCUGGGGAUCGUACAGCGGGUACGGACUUAGUACAGGCACAGGUACAUGUGGUGUUGGUUCUCAAACCAGAUACAGAAGAUGUUUCUACCUUGGAAGACCCGACUCCCGGAUCGGCAACGAUUACUGUACAUUCACAUACCCGCAAACUCAAGCAAGCGAAAGUCGAUCUUGUAAUAGGAAUUCAUGCCCUACCCAAUCUACCUACACGUGGACAAUCUGGUCGUCUUUUUCACAAUGUAACUCACCGCCUGGUAGCUGCCAAGGAACGCAAACCUCAUCAAGGACAUGCAUUAAUCCAGUUACUCAACAACAGGUUGGAUCGGUAAAUUGCCGACCAGGAGUGGAUACCAGAACCCAAAGUUGCAACUCGUGUUCAACAGGAUCCCAACCUCCAACAUAUGGCCAAUGGUCAAACUGGGGAAAUUGUGGAGUCUCAUGCACGAGGACAAGAGCGAGAUGCCGAACCGGAAGCAAUUGUCGCUUGGCUUCCGAUUGGGACGUUGACAGCGAGUCGUGCAACUGCAACCUACAACAGUGUAUCGGCCGUUGCUAAUCUAGAUGCUAACCCUUUCAUAAACCCUUCUUGAACUAGAAACAUUCCGUCAAAAGAAGUUCCAACGUUUUUUUCCAAGAACAAGCUCUAUAUGUUUCUUGAGUAAAAUA